CAUUUGCAUUUUUAAGGCAAGGAAUACAAACCACUCUUAUCUCUCUCCCCCCCCCCCCUCUCUCCCUCUCUCUCUCUAAAUUCCCGUGAUUGAUUUUGCUCUGUUGAGGCUGAGGCAAAGGAUCGAUCCGUCCAUCGCUGCUCUGUAAUGGGUCUUUGCCCGAACUAGCAAUGUCGUCAAUUUCAGGCGGGUUUUUCGCCCUUUUAGUUUGGUUACUUUAUUUUUCCGGCGAAGUAGAAAGCACGGAAUUCGACUUCGGAACGUUAACGUUGAGCAGUUUGAAGCUCCUUGGCGACGCGCACCUCAACAACGGCAGCGUGAGGCUCACAACGGAGCUCUCCGUCCCCAACUCCGGUUCCGGCAGAGCUCUCUACUCCAAGCCCGUCAGAUUCCUCAGGCCGGAGAGCCGCAACCCGGCGAGUUUCUCCACAUUCUUCUCGUUCUCCGUCACGAAUCUGAAUCCCUCCUCGAUCGGCGGCGGGCUAGCCUUCGUCAUCUCGCCGGACGACACCGGCGUCGGGGAUUCCGGCGGGUACCUCGGCCUGAUGGACCCGAAGUCCGGCCCGAACGGUGUCGUUGCGGUCGAAUUCGACACUCUGAUGGACGUUGAGUUCAAAGACAUUAACGGAAACCACGUGGGUCUGGAUCUGAACUCGAUGGUGUCGACUCAGGUCGCUGAUUUGGAUACCGCCGGAGUGGAUCUCAAAAGCGGCGACCUGGUCAACUCGUGGAUCGAGUACUCCGGGUCGACUCGGAGGCUCAACAUCUCGGUGUCCUACUCGAAUCUCAAGCCUAAAAACCCAAUCUUAUCCAUCACUCUCGAUCUGGAUCAAUACGUCAGUGAGUUCAUGUUCGUCGGGUUCUCCGGGUCGACUCAGGGCAGCACCGAGAUUCACAGCAUUGACUGGUGGAGUUUCAGCUCAUCUUUCGAACCCAAUUCGAAGUCCGAGUCAUCAGCGCCGUUUUCUCAGCCGCCGCCGCCAACGGCUAAUUUGAUGAACCCAACGGAUAAUUCCGUCAACCCCCCGCCGCCGCCUUCGGAUUCAAACACCACCAUUUCCCACACCUCCGAGAAGGACAGUAAGUGCCGCAACCAGCUUUGCAAAGAAGGCCCCGGCGCCGUCGUCGGCGUCGUAACCGCCGGCGCUUUCUUUCUGGCCUUAUUCGCCGUCGUUCUCAUCUGGGUAUACUCCAAAAAGUUCAAGCACGUGAAAAAGUCCGAUUCUCUAGCGUCUGAAAUCAUCAAAAUGCCGAAAGAAUUCAGCUACAGGGAUCUCAAAUUGGCCACCAAAUGCUUCAAUUCAGCCCGAGUCAUCGGCAACGGCGCCUUUGGCACAGUCUAUAAAGGCAUAUUGCAGGAAACCGGCGACAUUGUUGCCGUAAAAAGGUGCAGCCAUACCGGCCAAGGCCGAGCCGAAUUCCUAUCGGAAUUAUCCAUAAUCGGAAAUCUAAGGCACAGAAAUCUCGUCCGGCUUCAAGGCUGGUGUCAUGAAAAAGGUGAAAUUCUAUUAGUUUACGAUUUCAUGCCCAAUGGGAGUCUCGAUAAAGCCUUAUUCGAGUCAAGAAUGCCAUUGCCCUGGUCUCAUAGGAGAAAAAUUUUGGCCGGCGUGGCCUCGGCAUUGGCGUAUUUACAUCAAGAAUGUGAAAAUCAAGUGAUCCACAGAGAUGUGAAAACCAGUAACAUAAUGCUGGACGAAGGGUUCAACGCCAAGCUGGGCGAUUUCGGGUUGGCCCGGCAAAUUGAGCACGACAAGUCGCCGGACGCCACGGUGGCCGCCGGCACAAUGGGGUACCUGGCACCGGAGUACCUGCUGACCGGACGGGCCACCGAGAAAACCGACGUGUUCAGCUUCGGCGCGGUGGUCCUGGAGGUGGCAAGCGGGCGGCGGCCCAUCGAGAAGCAAGCCAGUGGGGUUGGGAAAGUCGGCGUGGGGACCAAUUUGGUGGAGUGGGUGUGGAGCCUCCACCGUGAGGAGCGGCUGCUGGCCGCGGCGGACCCGAAGCUCGGCGGCGAGUUUGAUGAGGCGGAGAUGAUGAAGGUUUUGCUGGUCGGCUUGGCUUGUUCCCACCCUGACCAGCUGGCUCGGCCCGCCAUGAGAGCCGUGGUCCAGAUGCUAGUAGGAGAUUCCGAGGUCCCAAUGGUGCCCCGAGCCAAGCCUUCCACGAGUUUUAGUACUUCCGAUCUAAUUCUCAGCUUGCAGGACAGCGUCUCUGAUCUGAACGACAUGGUCAACGUCUCCACCUCGUCGUCCGAAGAGGGGUUCAAUGGCGGCGGCGGCGGCAUAGAACUCGUCUGAUCCUGACCAACAAAAAAACUAAAGAAAGAGGGGACUUGUCCACUUUGUCACUUCUAGACAAUUACAAUUACUGACCAAAAGAGAAUCUCGUGGCCUCUUGACCUGUGACAAUGCGACGUGAUAUAGGAGAUGGGGACGAAGUUUCACAUUCAUCUUUAUUAAUUUGGCGAGAAGGGUUAAGUAGAUAUAUAUAUAUAUAGCUCAAACUUGUUCCAUGUAAAGGUUUUUCAUGUUUUUGGAUCGCAGUGGCCUCCAAAAGAAACAGUAAUGGCCAUGCUCCGGCUGGAUCGUGGAUCCAGAAGAGAUCAUAAUCUUCUUUCAUUAUUAACUUAUAUAUCUAUAUAUAUAUAUUGCAUUU